UGAGAAGGCCAACAGGAAGCUCUACAUCAGUGUGGUCACAAACAUCUCAAAUCAAUUUUCAAUGUUGGCGGCACUUGAUAUCGUUGAAUACAACUGGCUCAAAGAUAUUGACCCCUGGAAGAGAGCUAUAUUAGAGAGUAGGACAUCCAAAAAUUCUCAUGCAAACCCCCCAUACCGUCGGACUCCUGAUGCCCCUAAUCCCCACCCUCAUUCUUCUAAUGGUGAACUUUGUAUGAUGGAUAAAGUUGGGAAAGGAAAUAUAGAAAGGGAGUGCCAAAAGACCAUGAGUGUCUCUUUGCAUACAAUCACCCAUGUCAUCCACUUAACCCUAGCGCCACUAAAUAGCUCUUUCUCACUUAUAUACCUCAUAAUUAACCGUCAGGCCUUUGAAUGA